AGCGUUGUGUUGUUGAACGCACCCUAACAGAGUGGGCACUGGGCAGCCUAAUGAACUGCGACCAAAACAAACUAACACAUACCUGGCUUCGGAGGUCUAACACCGCGUCUAUUUUCCCCAGUACCAGGUCGAUUAAAAAGAGUUUUGUGGAUUUAUAAUUAAACUCUGUUGUUCGGAGCAGUUUCUUUGCUUUUAGUUAUAGUUAGAGAAGCUGUUAGCUACGAUGCUACCGUUACCGUAGCUAACUGAAGCCGCUGGCUAACGCUAACGUCAUGCUCAACGAUUUGACAGCUGCACUUCGGAGUCAAAGCCGUCACUUCUGUGGCCUUAAUUUCAAAUCAAGCAACUCCAACCGGCAUUUUUUGACAGUUAGAAAGAAAGUCGACUUGAUCCGCUGAUCAGAGACACAGAAAAGUCACUUUCUACGUUGGUUGUGCAGCCUGAAAUAACUUGAAGUAUGGGGAUGUGCUUACCGUGCUUUGGUGGAGCAGCGGACGACGUUGUGGUCACUCCAGAUCCUGUAAGUUAAUGUGUUUAACUCUUCCUAUAGUCGUGUUUCCAAGUUUCACCUUUUGUACACAAAAAGGGAGUCGUUGCUAGUUGGUAUUGUAGCUUGUCUGAAUGCCAUUGUGGGAUGUUAACAGGCCUCUGUGGGUUAGGUCUGUGUCGGUUUUUAGACUCAGGCAUGUCAAGUAUGCUCCAGGCCCCACAUUGUUUACAUUCAGUGAAUAAAGUUUACUCUCUCUUGUAGUAAGUGUAAAAGUUUUCUCACUUUUCAGGAUACAAGGAGACGGCAGCUGGCUGAGGCCGCGGAGAAGAGACAAAAAGAGGUGAGUUGAUCAAACUGCAAAGGGCAUACCCAGCAAGGGAUAAAACCAUAACGAUGUAUGGAUAAAACACUGACAACGAGAUGAACAGUUACACGUCGUUGCCACAUUAUGGGGAAUACUUGGCUGAAACUAAUUUAUCAGACAGUAUACACCGACCAGCCAUAAUAUUGAGUAUAGGGGAGAGUGGGGUAAGUUGAGCCAAAGGGUAAGUUGAACCACCCCCUGUUGCUUGGAAAUGGUAAAAGAAAUUGAUCAUGUGACCAAAUAUUUAGGAGAUGGGCAUCAAUUCAUGGAGUCUGUGAAGUUUAGAGGCACAUGGGUAAAGGGGUUACACACUUAUGUCCAAAAAGGUGAGGGAGGGCUGGGCUGGAGAGUGGGGGGUUGGAAGGCAUACGGCUCAAUUUAACUCGCUCCUAUGGUCAACUUACCCCAUGGUUGACCAUAGGAGACCACUUUUUUUUUUGGCAUGCUAUAUUAUCAAGACAGUCAUGUUUACACUCAUUCUGUUGGUUUGCAGGGAUGCACAACAUCUUUAAAUAUAUGCAGAUACACUAGUAAGAGACAAAACUAUGAUUGCCUUGAUGUAGUGAUCCGAAAUAUGGAAAAUGGCUCAUUUUACCCCACUCUCUCCUACCUGGGUAAUCUGAUGCAGUGUAAUGAUGCAGACCUAAUGAAGACCUUUCACCAAGUUCACCACCAACAGCUUUUAUAACUUCAGCAAGUAAAUGAAUGAAUCAUUUGCCUUAUCUUGGAAGCAACAACUACAAAUGUAGAGGCUUUGCAGAAGUAGAGCUCUUCUUUUGGGUUGCAUGAGAUCACCCAGGUGUUGACAAUGUUAUCGUUGGUUCGUGUAAAUACUACUAUCCCGGAGACAGAAUUUGUUGUUGCUUGUGAUUUUUUGAGGUUGCAUUCGUGGAAUAAAUGGAUGGUAAAGUAAAUCUGUUCUUGUGGGUUUAACCUAAUAAUCAGUCUAGUAUUCCCCUCUAUUAGACAUACACCCCAUUCACAGUAGAUGCACUUGAUGGCGUAUUGAGUAAUUUCUUUAUCGUACAGAAAAUCCACUUGAAAAUCCGUAAGAGGCAUGCUAAAGUAGCAUCAAGGUGAGUAGACAUGGACUAGAAUGAAAAACUCCCCUCUCUUGGAUUGGCUGAUGUCUCGACUACCACAUCUUUCUGCCCCCAGUCACUGUUUUCACCCCUUAAACCUCCUGACACCCUCACAAUCCCCACCUCACUGCUGCAGAUAAGAGCAUUGAGCCCAAACUCACAGUCACGUUUUAAUUAGCUGCUUCAUUCUCUAUCCGAAUUGUCCCAUUUUGGAUUUUAAUGCCCUUUGUCUAAUUCUUAUUGAAAAGGAAAACUUUCUGCUUUUGAAAAGGUCCUGAUAAAUCAUAGAUUUAAAAACACUUCGGAAUAACAUGCAUGUAUCAUGAGACCACUUACAUGUAUUUUUUAACACUGAAAGAAGACGUUAAAUUAAAGCAAUCUUACUUUUAGUGCUUGAUUUCAUUUCCUGCCUCUUCUUUUAGACAACAUACAGGGGUGUUAAAAACCCAGAAGCAGUUGAGAGGAAAAGGAAGAAACAAGAAGAAAUCGAGAAACAGGAGAUGACCACCUCUGUGUCUGGAGGCGGCGGGUUGAGGGUAUGUAUUGUGUUUACAAGUAAAACAGUCUGAUUUUUGUAAAGUAAAAAAAAAAGAUGUUUACUGUAAUUCCUAAAGAGGAUUUUGUAAUACUUAUUUUUCUUCCAGAUUAAAAUACAUGCCAAAAGAGAAUUCUAAAAUGAGAAGUGCGUAAAUUUCACUCAAACGAUAAACAGUUUACUCUAUACCUUUUUCAGCAACUCUAAUGCGUCCUCUCAAAACUCAGUCCUUACAUAGCUCAUUAGCUCUGAUCAAUACUCUCUGAAAGCUCAUCAUUAAUGUAGCUGGUUAUCAUCCUGGAGUGUACCACCUCAAAUCAGUCUCUUAUGGCACUUUUGAGCAUUAGCGCCCGUUGACAGGCAGAACACAUCCAUGAUGGUCGCACAGAAAUCGUGCUGUUGUAGACCAGUUAAAACAAAAGCACUGGUUUGAUUUGAGGUAUAGCUUACCUACACUAUUCUUGAUAUCAGGCUCUAUUCAAAGCGUCUCUAAUACUGAUAUUUAUAUCAAAACAACUCUUGACUACUUUGACUCCUAAGCUAAAAUUGAAACGCUAUCUCCAGUAUGUUUGUACAAAACAUUUUCUUCCUUUAGUGUUACAGAAGUUGUUACUGAUUUAUCACAUUAGCCUGAUUAUAGGAUGAUACUGAUUAUAAAAUGAUCCCAUUUCAAGACCUAAUUUUUAGAAAAAGACUCACUGAAGCCCAAAUCUUGUGUCUUUGAAGAAAACAACUUUAAUUUGCAGUCAUGAUGAAACCCACACUAAAUCUUUUUAAUGUAAUUAUCCAGUUUAAAUGCAGUUAAAUGUAAUCAUGUGUCAAUGAAUCGCUUAUUGUAUCAGUGCUUAAAAAGCAUGAACAAAUUAAAAUAGUGAGCAGUCUGUGAUAUGAAUCUGUUUUUAUGCCGUUUUAAGAUGGUCUCUUUUGGCUCGCCAUUAUCAGACAUCGCAGUCUGUGAUGACUCGACUUCUUGGCUGUUGGACAAAUGUUUAAAUGGAAGACAGAAGAUUUUUCUGAUGGUGUUUUUUUCUCUUCUCUCUCUAGUGGCAGGUGGGCUGACAAGCUAGAUGGCGAAAUCUGAAGCCUCGACUCUGAAUCAGAAAGACGGUGAAUUAUUGCUGCAGGUUGACCUGAGAGAUCUUUGGACUGCUGUUUGAUUUCUUUUUUUUAAAUUUAAUUUCUUUGGCUUUUUGAUGAUGUGAUGACAGCCGUCACUCUACAAGCAGAACUAUCUGAAGUGACUACAGACAAUGAAGUAGAAUUUACCCUCUUGUUGCCAAGUUACCCGUACUGGUUUGAACCUUUGGACUGCAAGGGUUGACAGAGAUGUGUGUGUGCAAUUAUAUGUCCUGCUGUUUCAGUUGAUUUACAGUUUUGCAUAGAUUAGAUGAUUUAAAGAUCCAGCAGCAUCUUGGGCAGCUGUUAUCCUAGCAAGACAACGGUUGCCGCAGCACUGUAGUUUUGUCACUGCAUUUGAUUACAAUAUUCACAAUGUGGGACAUUUACAGAGCGAAGACGGUUUAUGUUUACAAGACACAAGUGAACUUACUGUAGGAUUAGUUCCCAGGAAUAAGCACCCUGUUAGUCAUUCUUUAUUACACUUGAUUUAUGGCUUUUCUUGUUGGCAACACAACACAUUACUCACCUUGUGCACCUGGCCUUUUGCACUUUGGACUGGCCUUUGCUAUUGCCACUUUUAGAAGUCCUUACAUUCUGUUUUCUGCACAUUUUGAGAAUAUUGCAUCAAAUCUUUCUAGAAACAAAACACUAAUGCUAUGCCUGCUUUAUUUAAAUGAUUAUAAAACGUGUUAUUGAGAUGCCAUACAUUGAAUGGGAGCUAUUGACAGACAUUUAUUUGCACAGAGUUUUUCUGCAUUUGGUGAACAGCAAAUAUGUUCACAUUCUUGUGUAAUGGGAGAUCCGUGUCACUGAAGGAGAAGAACAAGUGAAGUCUACAUUUUAGAGUUUGGAACUGAAGAUGUAGUGAAGUAGAUUCAAUGACUGCUUUUCUUACAGCCUUCACUCGAUCCUUAAAUGCUUCUGGUGCUCUGAACAUUUUGUAGAACAGGAAGUCCAGCCAAUGUUAUUUGCUACAAUAAAUCACAUUUCUGCUA